AGGACCUCCUGGAGUGCAGGUGGCCCACCACAGUCGUCGAGCUGGACCCCAGCGGCCCCGGCGGCCUGGCGGAGCAGCUGGCCGGCGGCGCCGAGCAGCUGCGGCGGGCGGUGGCGCUCGCCGCGGCGGCGGGGCCCGCCGCCGAGGUGUUCGACGUCGAGCCCGGGGACUCCACCGACUCCGAGGCUGGGGACUGCGGCGGGGGCGGCGUGCGGCUGCGGCUGCGGCUCCACCGCUCCGGGGACGACAGGUGGGGCCUGAAAUGGCACCAGGACCUCUUCAAAAAGGCAAGCCGCUUUGUCGUUGACGACGUGGUCGAGGACACUGCGGUGGCGCGCUGGAACGCGGCGCAGCCGGCGGGGCGCAGGGUGCGGUACGGGGACCGCCUGCUGAGGGUGAACGGUGUGCGCGCCGACCGCGGGCCGGAGAAGCAGG